GCACCGGAGCAGUACCAAAAGCAGAAGAAGAGCGUGCCUGUACUCCCAUGGAUGAGAAGUCCCAUUGAUGUUACUCUCAUCGAUGAAUGCCCUCUCAAUCUCCUUCCUUUUCUCGCCCCCAGGUUGGAGGUGGCGUUGCAGAAAAUGGGUAUUACUUCCCUCUUUCCAGUGCAAGUCGGUGUCUGGCAAGAGACGAUUGGACCUGGUUCUUUUGAACGAGACCUUUGUAUAAACUCACUGACUGGAAGUGGAAAGACACUAGCCUAUGCGUUGCCGAUAGUGCAGAUUCUAUCAACUCGUGCAGUUAGAUGUCUUCGUGCAUUAGUGGUAUUGCCAACACGUGAUUUAGCCUUGCAGGUUAAAAGUUUUUUUUCUGCCAUUGCACCUGCAGUGGGUUUAUCUGUCGGCUUGGCAGUUGGUCAAUCUUCAAUUGCUGAUGAAAUUUCAGAACUCAUUAAGAGACCUAAGCUUGAGGCGGGUAUCUGUUAUGACCCUGAAGCUCCUUUGCUUCAUUUGCAAAGUUCAGUUGACAUUUUGGUGGCAACACUUGGAAGUUUAAUGGACCAUAUAAAUUCUACAAAAGGUUUUACACUUGAGCAUCUUUUUUAUCUGGUUGUUGAUGAAACAGAUCGAUUACUCAGGGAAGCAUACCAAUCCUGGCUGCCCACUGUUCGUCAAUUAAUGCGCUCCAGUGAUGGGGAUCUCAGAAGUCUCUUUCCUCAUACCAGUACUUUCAUUCCUUCCACAUUUGGUUCCUUAAAAACCAUAAGGAGAUCGGGUGUUGAAAGGGGCUUUAAGGGUAAGGCUUACCUUAGGCUUGUGAAGAUGGUUCUAUUUGCGACACUAACCCAAGAUCCAAGCAAGCUUGCCCCGCUUGAUCUGCAUCACCCUUUGCUCUUGACAACUGGGCAAAGACGCUAUCGACUCCCUGAACGACUAGAAUCCUUCCAAUUGAUUUGUGAAUCAAAGCUUAAACCCUUGUAUUUAGUAGCCCUUCUACAAACUUUGCAAGGGGAGAAAUGCAUUGUUUUCACAUCGUCGGUGGAGUCAACGCAUAGACUGUGCACCUUACUGAACUUCUUCAGCGAUUUUCAAAUCAAGAUCAAGGAGUAUUCAGGUCUUCAGCGUCAGUCGGUAAGAAGCAAGGCAUUGAAGGCGUUCUGGGCGGGUGAUAUACAAGUACUUGUUUCAUCUGAUGCAAUGACUCGUGGGAUGGAUGUUGAAGGUGUGACAAAUGUCAUCAACUAUGAUAUACCUGCAUACAUAAAGACCUACAUCCAUCAGGCUGGUCGGACUGCAAGAGCGGGCCAGGCAGGACGUUGCUUUACACUUCUACGUAAGGACGAGGUUAAGCGAUUCAAGAAGAUGUUACAGAAAGCUGACAACAACUCUUGUCUUGUUUACUCUGUUCCUUCCGAUUCCAUUGAGUUACUUCAAUCAGCAUACACAUCUGCUCUGGAGAAACUGAAAGAGAGCGUUGAAUCAGAAUCAUACAAGAAGCGCAAGAUUAAGUUAAAGUCUUCAAGAAUGGUUAAACGAAAGGAGUUGAACAAUUCAAAGGUGUGAAAUCUGUUUUUUCUUGAAGAAAGUUCCCCUAUCACAAAUUCAGUUUUGCAUACGAGGUGAGUCCUAACAGCUUCACAUUUAAUUGAUGUUAUACACAAUGUCUCUCAAAAAGAUUAUCCUCGAAACUUUAUAUUGAGA